AUGUAUUUUGAAAACAAUAGACAAGUUGGAAGCAUUGCUUUGGUUCUCAUUUCCAGUUUUUUUAUUUAUGGACAUGGCCGCCUCAUCGAAUCCUGCUGCACCACCACCUUAUACCCACAAAUAUGUUACUCCACCCUCUCCUCCUCCUCCUUCCUAGCAACUAAAAAAGACAUCAUCCAACUCACCAUCAAUAAAACAAAGGACAUCAUCCAAAACAACUUCCACGCCAUAAACAACCUCCUCACCCCCACCACUACAAAACGCACCAAAAUAGCUCUUCAUGACUGCUUAGACAUGUUACUUCGGACACUAGAAGCACUUGACACCGUCAUGCAAUACCUAGCCACCUAUAAUCCAACUAACAAAUAUUCUCUAAUUAGGCAACACGUCGACCACCUCAAAACCCUCAUCAGCACCACCAUCACCAAUAAGGAAACAUGCUUGGAUGGCUUCUCCCAUGAUAAACCCUUUGCCAAAUCAAUCAUCCAACCCCAGCUGGACCACGGGGGAAAGAUGUGUAGCAACGUGCUUGCUAUGAUCAACAACAUGACCGAUACAGAUAUGAUGCACGCAAACCAGCUGAAUAAUAUUCUAGGAACAACAACAAGAAGAAGAAGAAGAAGAAAGUUAAAGGAGGUGGACUUGUGGCCCCAGUGGUUGUCUGCAAGAGAUAGGAAACUGUUAUGGUGGUCAGUAGUGACGCCAAAUGUGUUUGUGGCCAAAGAUGGUCAUGGAAACUAUACAACGGUAGAGGCAGCAGUUGCAGCAGCCCCAUUGGGAAGCAAGAGCAGGUACAUAAUAAAGAUAGGGGCAGGCGUGUACAAUGAGUACAUUGAAAUUCCAAAAAAGAAAACCAAUAUAAUGCUUAUCGGGGAUGGAAGAAGUACCACCAUUAUUACGGGAAACAAGAGCGUGGCUGGGGGCAGCACAACCACCAAAUCUGCAACCGUAGCUGCUCUGGGUGAUGGAUUCUUGGCAAAAGAUAUAACAUUUCAAAACACAGCGGGACCAUCAGGGAGUCAAGCCGUGGCACUACUAGUUGCAUCUGAUUUAUCUGCAUUUUAUCGAUGUUCUAUGCUAGGCUACCAAGACACCCUUUAUGUCCACUCCAACCGUCAAUUCUAUGUCAACUGCCAGGUGGUGGGUACAGUUGAUUUCAUUUUUGGCAAUGCUGCCGUCAUCUUCCAAUUCUGUGACAUCCAGGCCCGUCGCCCCAAUCCUGGGCAAGGGAAUAUGAUCACUGCUCAAGGAAGAACCGAUCCUAACCAAAACACGGGCAUUGUGAUUCAAAAAUGCAAAAUCGGUGCGACAUCCGACCUGAAACCUGUUCAAGCCAAUUUUUCUACGUAUCUUGGAAGGCCAUGGAAGGAGUAUUCAAGAACGGUGGUGAUGCGAUCUUUAAUUGAUGAGGUGAUAAAGCCUGCAGGAUGGUCCCCUUGGGAAGGAGAUUUUGCACUAGAAACAUUAUAUUAUCGAGAAUACCGAAACAUAGGACCUGGUGCAGAUACGUCUAAGAGGGUGGGAUGGAAGGGUUGGGGUGUGAUUAAGAGUCGUAGCGAGGCCAUACCUUUUACUACGACAACCUUCAUUAAUGCUUGGAAUUGGUUGCUAUCCACCGGUUUCCCUUUCUGGCCUGGUUUGUAA